GCUGGCAGCCGGGGAGGCCGUCCGGGCGGGGCUGCUGGCCCUUUAAGGGCCGCCCCCGAGGAGGUGCCAGGCCGGAGUAGCUCGGCGGUGCUCGGCUCGCUCCUCUCCUUCCUGGUCUGGCCUGGCCGGGCCUGGGGUGGGCGGGUUGGCUCGGAUUGGGGCUGUGGGAGGGGGCUGCGUCCGGAGCCCUCCGUCCAGCCGCGCGCGCGUGCAUGGCCCUGGUCACCGUGAGCCGGUCCCCCUCGGGCAGCGGCCACUCCACCCCCGUGGGCCCUGCGGAUGAAGGGCUGAGCAGGAGAAGCCAGCUGCAGCGCAGGCAGAGCUUUGCCGUGCUUCGUGGGGCUGUCCUGGGGCUCCAGGACAGAGGGGAGCCCAGUGCGGGGGGUCAGGACAGGCCAGACGAAGAGGAUGACCCAGAAGAAAAGGUGCCUCCCUCAGACCACCCCGAUGGAAGUGGCCGGGGGACCCCGGAGUGCCCGAGCCCUGGGAAGCAAGAGCAGAGGAGGCACUUGCACCUCAUGGUGGGGCUGCUGAGGGCUCAGGACAACAUCCAGCUGGCGGUCCAGUUGGAGACGACCCGGCCUCAAUGGCUCCGGUACCUGCUCGUGGUGUCCACGUCGGAGCUCCUGAGCCAGGAUGAGACGGUUCUCCUCGGGGUAGACUUCUCCCAGAGCAGCCCCCCCAGCUGCACCUUGGGUCUGGUCCUCCCCCUCUGGAGUGACACUCAAGUUUACCUGGAUGGUGACGGGGGCUUCACUGUGACCUCUGGGGGCCAAACCCGCAUCUUCAAGCCCAUCUCCAUCCAGACCAUGUGGGCCACCCUGCAGGUGCUGCACCAGGCCUGCGAGAUGGCUCUGGGCAACGGCUUGGUCCCCGGAGGCAGCGCCCUGGCCUGGGCUGGCCACUACCAGGACCGCAUCUCCUCGGACCAGAGCUGCAUCAACGAGUGGACGGCCAUGGCCGACCUGGAGUCCCUCCGCGCGCAGCUGCCCAGCGCCGACUCCGGCGGGCACUCCGAGCAGGAACGCAUGGAGCGGCUCAUCCGGGCUGAGCUGGGGGACGUGCUGGACACCAGCGACCUGGAGAGCGUCACCUCCAAAGAGAUCCGCCUGGCCCUCGAGGGCCGCCUGGGCUGCCCCCUGCAGCAGCACCGAGACUUCAUCGACAACCAGAUGCUGGUCCUCAUGGCCCAGCGGGAUCGGGCCUCGCUCAUCUUCCCCCACCUCUACCUGGGCUCCGAGUGGAACGCGGCCAACUUGGAUGAGCUGCAGAGGAACAGGGUCAGCCACAUCCUGAAUGUGGCCAGAGAGAUAGACAACUUCUACCCGGAGCUCUUUACCUAUCACAACGUUCGGCUCUGGGACGAGGAGACGGAGCAGCUCCUGCCUCACUGGAAGGAAACGCACGGCUUCAUCGAGGCCGCCCGGGCCCAGGGCUCCCGGGUGCUGGUGCACUGCAAGAUGGGGGUGAGCCGCUCGGCGGCCACCGUCAUGGCGUACGCCAUGAAGCAGUACAACUGGGGCCUGGAGCAGGCCCUGCGGCACGUGCAAGAGCUGCGGCCCGUGGCGCGGCCCAACCCCGGCUUCCUCCGGCAGCUGCACACCUACCAGGGCAUCCUCACGGCCAGCCGCCAGAGCCACGUGUGGGAGCAGAAGGCCGGCGGGAGGAGCUCCCUGGAGCAGCCCCGAGAGGCUUCCUGGUCCCCUCCGGAGCCCUCCCCGGAGCCAGGGGCCGGCGGCCGGGGGGAGCCGCAGGGAGUGGCCCGAGAGGGGCCUGGCCCGGGGGGGCCCCGGCCCCGCAUGGACCUCCGGGGCAUCAUGAGGUCCAUCAGCCUCCUGGAGCCCCCGGACCUGGGGAGUCACCCCGAAACCAGCGACCUGCCAGAGGUGUUUUCCUCCUCUCCCUGUGAGAGCUCGGACGGGGCUCUCUGCCGGGCUUCAGCGGACCCAGCGGACCCCCGGCCCGCCCUGCUCUCCCGAAAGUCUGUGGCUGCCUUACACGGCGCCGCCCUGGUGGCCAGCCGGAGCCCGGCCUUCGAGGCCCCCGGCCAGGGCGCGCCUGAGGAGGUCCCUAAGCCUCGGGCUCGGCGGGUCAUGAGACAGACCAGUGUGGACAGCAGCGGGGAAGAGGGGGGCCCUGAGGCCUGAGAGAGGGCCCCGCCUGCCCCCCGCCCCCCCCCCCCCGCCCUUCAGCCCUCUCCCUCCCUGCUGGCGCUGCCCCUUCCCCGGGGAGGGGAGGCCGCAGGAGAGUUUUCUCUGCCCCCCCAGUCUGCGGGAUCCAUGGUGGGAACAAGCCUCCCCUCCCCCGAUCAUGUCCGGGUCAUCAGCAGGGAAGGAGCCCCCGUGGGGGGCCCAGAACGGGGGCUGCCGGGGCCUGGCGGUCGCUGCCCGCCUCCUGCCUGCCCUUCACGGUGGACUCCGGAGGGCCACAAGGGGCUGCUGUGAGUUGGGUGGGGAGGCCAGAGGGGGGCCAGAGGGGGGCCAGAGCUCCUUCGAGACCCCCCUUAGCUAGCCAGGGUUUUCGACGGCCUUUUCAUUAGAUGCCUUUUUAUUGAGGAAUAAAAACCCACAGAGUUUCUUAUUAAAUUA